AUGGAUGCCGGUUCUGUAGCAAGGGUAGCAAGAGUAGUAGGAGUAGUAGCAAGGGUGAAUUUAGUGGAUGCAAUGUCUCGCUGGAGGCCAUAUAGUUUGCGUCGCUGUUGGGUACAUCCAAUACUCCGAAAACGUCUGCAACGGGGGGAAUACCACGUUCUGGUCCAAGAGCUCCGUCUGGAUGACCUGCUGUUUCAGCAGUACUUUAGGAUGAGCAAACACGUGCUCGACGAGUUGCUCCGGAAAGUGGGUCCAGUGAUUACAAAGGCGGACACCCAUAUGCGUUUGUCAAUUGGACCCGCCGAGCGACUCGCCAUCUGCCUACGGUACCUGGUAACCGGUGAUUCCUACAAGACCAUAGCAUUCAGCUAUCGGGUCGGGCAUUCAACAGUGGCUGUCAUCGUCAGGGAGGUUGCGGGUGCCAUCUGGACCGCCCUGGUGGAGGAGACCAUGCCGGUACCACAGAUGGAGGACUGGAGAGCCAUCGCUGCUGGGUUCCAGGAGCGCUGGAACUUUCCGAAUUGCGUUGGUGCCAUUGAUGGAAAGCACGUGGUGAUCCAGGCUCCGGCAAAUUCUGGGUCCCUGUACUUCAACUACAAGUCCACCCACUCCUUGGUACUGCUGGCUGUCGUGGAUGCCCAAAAAAGACUAAAGAAAUACUGGUCGUACACUGGGGCCGUUUGGGAAGGAGGAGAAAGUUGUUUCAAACGACAGAACGGCAGCCAGGAUAAGACCGGUACGGUGGUGGUGGGGGUGGUCACCACCACCCCUCCUGCUCCUGGACAGUAA